AUGGACACCAUGGAUGGAAUGUUGGAUAUGAGCGCCCUGGCUGUGGCGACAGAUGCUCUGGAGCCUUAUGUCCUGUCUUGGCAUCUAGGAGCUCCGGAGGAUGGCGAUGCAGAAUGCACAGUUUUGGUUCUGAUGAAAAGGGAAGAAGGCAUCCUUUUAGCAAUGCCUGCAACCUUCUUGCCAGAGGACGUGGUGAAGGCUGGAAACGAGGGGGACGAGGCCGCGGUUUUUGGCCCGUCCUUUCACUGCGUGGUCCCAAGUGGUAUACAAGAUGGAGGGCUGGUGAUGGCCACUGGCGGCCAGGUCGAAGUCUUGGUGGUGGAUUGCCUUCCUCAGGUGCUUGGCCACAUGCGCAGGCCCUUGGCGUCCGAAGAGAUUGCUUUCAACUUCGACGACGAUUCACCAUUCAGCCUGCCUGCUCUAGACGCCCUUAUGCCUCAAGUGCGAACUUGGCUUGCUGCUCUACCCGAUCUGGCGGCAUACUACACCCCCGAAGAGCUGGAGGACAUCGAGCAAGAGUCGGGGCCACCCAGGGCAUCAAAGCCUCCAACAAGAAGGGCUACGCCUUCCGCCGCUGGUCCAAAGCAAAAGCGCCCGACGACGGCUUCGUUGGCUGCGGAGAUCAAGGGCAUAGUGGAGUUUAUGCCAAGGAUUGCGGAGCAGUUGGACACCAUCACAAAGCGGCAGGACUUCAUGGAAUCAAAGGUCCUGCCAUUCCAGUCAGCCUCUUCCAUUGCCUCCGGCCUUUGGGAGCGAGCGGUUGGCACUCCUCCUCGCACAGCAGCCUUGCAGACCCCUGGUUUGUUGGGUUCCCUGAUGGACGAUGCCCGCCCGGAAGAACUACAAGCCUUGGAAUCAGAGAAGCAGGUCCUGGGAACAGGAUCAGACCCGAGCGGCGACUCCAGAUUGGCCUUGGCGGUGCUGGAACAGUCGAAGGCGCUGACAUCACUGGCGGCUCAGAUUGCGGCACAACAUGGAGAUCCCCUGACCGAGCUUUCAGGCCCCUCGAUGGGUACUCGCGGCGCAGCGGGACGGGCGAAACUUCAGAACGAGUUGGCCCUUCACAAGGGGACAUUUUUCACGGCUGUGUUGCACCAGAUGGCACGAAGGAUGGCACCUACCAGUUCAGUGGAUGCACCCCCAGCUGCUCUGAUGGCAAGAGGGAUAUCCGGGCUUCGCUAUCUAGAAAGAUUCGGAGGCUAUGGGAAGCAGAAGGAGUUAGGACAGCUGCAGUACCAGGUCAUGACAGCCUUCGACUUCCUCAUGGAGGACAAUUUGCCUGCCGUGAGGGACACCAUCGCCCUCUUGGCGGUCUCCAUCGAACAGGCGAAUUUGGAUGGGGGCCGAAUGGACCUGGCGACAUUGCUAUGUCUACAGGAGGACCCUCCGGCUGCCAUCUUCCAAAGCCGUCAGAUAUCCAGCACAAGCCGGGCAAGAAGUUUUGCACCCCUUGCCGAUCAACGUUGGGUGACAUCAUCCCUGGCGUUUCUGAAGGAAAUGGAGGUGAUCAGUGCAAAGCGGGCGGAACUGACCGGAGGCCCAAGGGCCAAUUUGGAUGCUUCCUCCGAGACUGCAAAGCCAAAGCCAAAGACCCAGCCAAAGCGAAAAGGAAAGGGAAAAGGUGUCGCACAGCUUUUUCUUGGCACCUGGCAAAGUCGUUCACCGCAUCAUGGCAGGUUGAUUCCUUGCCUUCCGCGACCUUUCCACUGCCUGCUCCUCACCCUGGAUGUUUUGAUCGCAGUGGCCCUGGUCUUUCGAAGUUGUCGCUCCGGCCCUGAAUUAGGUGCUGCUAUCUUCCAGUUGGAGAACUUUCUUGCGAAGAAUGAGGAGUUCAACAACACCUAUGUGGCCCAAAAGCCUGCCCUCUUCUCUGAGGACCCUGACCUGCUCUCCACCACAGAGCAUCCUGAACUUGCGCCCUACAGGAAUUUGGAUGCAAAGAGGUUGAAGCUGGUCGGAAAUGGCGCAUGGCCCAUGGAGAAGUUUUUGGAGGGCCCACUUUGGCUGCCAUUUCAAGAACCAAGAUUUUUGCUCCACGGUGAGGAUGUUUCGCACUUCGCCUUCCCUUCGUUUGUGCAUGAGGAUGAAGAUGAAAACCUUGAGCUCUGCCGCCUAUGGGAUGCACGAGGGCUGUUGAGGUUUUUCAAGUCGCCUAUCAUGCCUGGCCACUACAGCAGAGUUUUCAAUGCGUACAAGAACCAGGAGGUGGACAGACAGAUAGGUGAUCGUCGCAUACCAAAUGCUCGGGAACGGUCAGUUGAUGGGCCAUCGGCCUACCUCCCUCCUGGGUUUUUGCUGUGCAACUUGAGGGUCAGACCUUUUCAGGAGCAGCUUUUUGCGAGCGUCACGGACCGGCGUGACUACUAUCAUCAGGCAUCAGUCACACCAGAGAGGGCCAGGUCAAACAUGCUGCCCUUCGCGUUUGCAGAGAGCCGGCUUGUUGACUUCAAGGCCGCUGAGACCUUCAAGAAGAGCGGGGCCUCCGCAUCUCGGCGUCGAAAGCCUCAGGAGCAGACUGGCGAUGGAUUUGGAUUUUUGCCGCCUGCCCCGGAGGAGCCUGGAUGCUGGUAUGCUGCUUUUGGUUCACUUUUUCAAGGCGAUCAUUUGGGCGUUGAGUUUGCACUUCAAGCGCAUGAGGCCUUGCUUCAAUCUCAUGGGCUGCUGGUUGCUGAGCGGCGUUUGCAGGGCCACCAGAUUUUCCCUGUUGGAAAUGAGAUUGAGGGCCUUAUCAUCGAUGAUUUCUUUGCGAUUGGGAAGGAAAGGCUUGACUCACAGCCUAUCUCCUCCUUUGCGGCGAAGGCCCUAGCAGCUGCUCGAGAGGCCUAUGAGUUCCACAGGCUACCUGGGUCUCCUGAGAAAGAUGUGGAAGCAGAAACCUUUUUCAAGGCGGCCGGAGCCGAAGUUGACUCCUCCAGUUUUGCAGUUAGGAGGGGACUCACAACAGUUGCGGCACCACUGUCAAAGCGGCUUGGACUUUCCGUUCUAAGCCUGCGUGCAGCAAGGCUUGCCUCUACCUCUUCAAGGCUGUUGUCAAGACUUGCUGGAAAUUGGACUUCAGUCCUGAUGUUCAAGCGGUGUCUCAUGGCUACAGUUGAUGAAAUGUUUGCCCUAGCUGCAGAGGCCGAGAAGAUUGGCAAGAACUAUGUGAUUCACCAGAGUCCUGCAGUCAGAACUGAGCUCAUCAUGCUUGGAGCGCUGGCCCCCAUCAUCAGUACGAACAUUGCCACAAGCAUGUGUCCCUAUGUGUUUGCGUCUGAUGCCUCUCUUGGGAAAGGAGCCGUUGUCUGUACAAGUGUGGAAGAGAAGGUCGCUGAGGCUAUGUGGGUUGGAGCAGACAAGAAGGGCUCCUACUCCAAGCUUGACAGUUUCCCCUGCGACCUUCUUGCUGCAGCGGGAGAAGAGUUGUCUGGCGAUGUGGAAGCAUGUGAGUUCGUUGUCGAACCCAAAAGGCCUUUGCUCAUGUACUACGAUUUUGUCGAGUUCUUUGGUGGUUCAGGCCGUGUUUCCCAAGCUGCCUACAGACUAGGCCUGUGUGUUGCUCCUCCACUUGACCUUGAUGCCUCCUGCCACUAUGACAUGACUCAGCCUCGACUGCUUGAGUGGGCCUUCCAUAUGAUUGAGUCUGGGCGUUUUCGCUCUUUCCUCACUGAGCCUCCCUGCACAACCUUUUCGGCAGCAGCAUAUCCGGCACUGAGAUCUUACAAGGAGCCUUUUGGUUUUGACCCGUCUGAGCCGAGAACUGAGCAUGGGAACCUUUUGGCAUUCAGAUCUUUUCCGCUCCUGCGCCACGGUAGGCGACACCGUAGGCCUUGCGGAAAGGAGCAGCCCAGGAGAUCAAAGAUGGCGUGGUUGCCUCAGUGGCUCCGGCUCCUCGAGAUCGGUUUUGAGGAAUCAGUGAUCGCUUCCUGCCAGUUUGGCUCGCCUCACAGAAAGGAGUUCUUGCUGCUCUCGUAUGCCCUGGAUAGCCAGUCCCUUGAAGUGCGUUGUCCUGGAGGGCAUGACCAUGUGAAGAUCGAAGGCAGCUACACAAAGGCCUCUGCUGUCUACACUCAUGAGCUUGCCCAUCAUUUGGCUCUGCAUUUCAAGAAAGCUUUGCGAUGCUGUGGCGCCAUCGAUGAUGAGCCGCCUGUCACUGGGUACGAGAGUGCUGUUGUCAACGAUGUGCUGAUCUCCAGACAGUUCAGGGUCAGGCGCUGCUGGGCAUGGAGAAGGAAAUCCCAUAUCAAUGUCCUUGAGGCCAGAUCUGCCCUUGAGAUCAUCAGAGAGGCGUCGACUCGGUUUGAGUCGCACAGGGUCAAUGGACUUUUGGACUCCAGAGUUGCAAAGGGCGCUUUGGCAAAGGGCCGCAGCACUUCGUUUGGCCUCCAAAGGGUUUGCAAAAUGUCAGCUGCUCUUCAAACUGCUGCUGAUGUUCAGAUGGCCUGGAAUUUUGCCCCAACCAGACUGAAUGUUGCGGAUGACCCAACCAGAGACUGCCUUGUCCGGCCGCCUUGCGGGUUUGGGCUUUCUGGCUUCCUCGAUGUACGGGAGCUUCAGCUUUUGCAUGCCUCGAGUCUGUCAAAAGUUGCCGCAAAUUGGGUACGUCUUGUCGCGGUCCUCCUCCUCAGCAACUUUGUCGGAGUUGAAGCUUUUGAGUUCAGGCCUGGAUUUGAAAGCACACAUGAGGUCAUGACAGAUUGUGCCAGUCCGUUUUGCCAUGUACCAUUUGAGAUAGGGCAGGGCUCACUAUCAGGUUGGUUUCAAGCUGCUUUGGAUUUAGUCCUUUGGAUUUUUGGGACGGCAGCCUUCCAGCUCCGAGCAUGGGUUCUCGAUGAGGUUUUUGGUUUUCUCCCGUGGAAUUUUGGCACAGCCCCUUACCUCUCUAUCCCUCUCCAUGCCCAUUGGAUUUUCUGCUCUUUCCUCGCUGGACUUUGGACUUUCCUCUGGACUUUCCUUUGCAGCAUGCCCAGCUACCUCCCUAGUGUCAGCCUCAGCUUUGGACUUCUCACUGGAUUUCUCCUCAGUCCGUGUCUCUGCCGUGUCUGGAAAGUUGGUCGGUGCGCUGGGUUUUGGAGUGUCUUGUGUCUCCUAGCCGUUGCCCCUGAGCGUUGGAUUUGGGUCGGGCCCGUCGGAGCGUCAGCCAUGGAACCUUCCUCAGCAGCUGAUAUCAGACGAGCUGGCUACCGUGACCCUCAAGGUAUCCUGCCUACGCGUGUGGCUCGGAAGGCAACUUUGGAUGCACGGACGAAGCUGCUGAACGAGUUUGGGACAUGGCUGUUUGAGUCUCAGGGGGUCCUGCUGACUCCGCUUUUGACUGCGAAACCUGCAGACCCUGAAGAGAUCUGCAAGCAUUUGAUUCAGUAUGGUCAGCAGAUGUUCCUUGCUGGGAGGGCCUAUGGGAAGUUUGCUGAAACAAUCAAUGCGAUUGCAACUUUUCGACCUGCUUUGAGGAAGCAGUUAUCACCGGCAUGGGACUUAGCUUUUGCUUGGUUGGCGGACGAACCGUUUCAGCACCAUCCUGCAUUACCCCUGAGUAUCCUCCUGGCCAUGUUGGCAACAGCGAUCCUCUGGGGCUGGCCUUAUGAGGCUUGUGUGCUGGCGCUUACAUGGACUGGAAUCCUGCGGAUCGGGGAGACCAUCAUGGCAACAAGAGGAGAUCUUAUUCUCCCGUCAGAUGCAGCUCCAGGCACAACAUUUGCACUCCUUAGAAUCAGAAUGCCGAAGACCAGGGGGAGGGCGGCACGGCACCAGGCCGCCCGUGUUGACCCUCCAGACAUUGUGAGUUUGCUGCAAGCUACCUAUGCUGACUUCCCUUCGGAGAAGAAGCUCUGGCCGCUGUCUGCAACCACACUGCGAAAGAGGUUCACCUGCUUGCUGAGGGAAUUAGGGCUGCCUUCAGUUCGACAGGAUGGCCUCCGACCUUUCGAUCUUGGUUCACUCAGGCCCGGAGGCGCGACACACUUGCUCCUCGCAACUGACAACAUUGAUCUGGUCCGCAGACGUGGAAGAUGGGUAACCAUCAAAGUCUGCGAAAUCUAUUUGCAGGAGGUGAUGUACGUGACAUACACCGAGAAGCUGCAAAAAGGUUCCUGGUUCACUUUGCAGGAGGAGAAACCGAAGGAGCAACCCAUGGCCUUCGAUAAGGAGGCAGAGUCAGAUGUCAAUUCCAACGAAGCACACAGGGAUCAUCACACGCCAUCACAUUACCACUAG